AUGGCUGAAUUCACCCUCCAGACAACAGGACGGAGCAUCUCGCCCUCUCCCUGCGCUGCCUCACCGUCGACUCUCCACACGCCCGCCGACUUCAUCCCCGUCUGGGCAAGAAGUCACGUGAAGUACGCCCAGAACUUGCUCGAGUUGAGCGACGAACCGAUCGAGUACGACGACGACGAGGACUACAUCGACAACUGCUUCUUCUUCCCCGAAGACUGCGUCUACAACCCGCCGCCGGACCUGGCCAGCAACCCGGAUGCCACUGCGGCCGACGAGACUGACUCUGACACCGACAGCUGCUGCCUGGCGCCUCCAGGAGACGACGACACCAUGGCGCCAGCGCUGCCAGAGAUCAAGAUGCUCGACACGACGGCUCUCAGCGACCUGCUCACUGACAACCUCUCCCCCCCCGAGAUAACCUCCAUCUUGAUACGGAACCUGUGCGCGACGUACGGUGCUGCAUACAAGUCAUAUGCUGUAAAGGCGCCCAAUGGCAAUCUGACCGGCGUCAGCUCCUCCAUUCACCCCUCCGCCUUCUCCAGCGCGCCCUCCAUCCCGCUAGGCAAUGUGGGUUCUAUCAUGUUCGAGCUGCAGGAUAUGGUUGCAGUCGUCACCAAGAUAGCAGACAAGGUCCUCCUCGCGGUGGUAGGGCCCACACACAUCGAAGAGCCUGCCCGGACGGUGCCUCACAGCAGCCAAACGGGGAAUGCCACCUCCUCUGGCGUAGGCACCCCCUCCGGUCGAGCGAGAGCGAUCGCAGGCUCGGCCGCCAGUGAUUCGGAGCGGACCGUCAAGGGCCCUGGAGAGUCGUCCUUCUCUACCACCCACCUCGAGAACCCCAUGGCCGAACACGUAUCUGCCAAACUAGCCUCGUCGGCACCGAAUCCCGCCUCUCUCUCCAGCCUAGCCGGUACCUCCCCCACUCCCCCCUCAGACGAACAGAUUGAACAGGCCGAGAUACGGCAGGAUGAAGACGCCAUACAUCAGGCUCUACGUGCGCAGUGGGCCAUAGAUCGUCGUCACGACCUUGACCGGCUGGCGGGGCUCAAUCUCUCCUCCAGCCCACACAUACUACUAGCCCUCGAAUCAAAAUCCGCCGCUUUGGGCAAGUUCUUGGGCAACAAACUAGCGGAUCUAGAGAGUCCGGAGGAUUUUUGA